CCCGGUUGUAUAGAACCUCCGGCGACUAAAAGAAGGGACCGGUCCCGUGCCCGCCCGGUCGCUCACUUGAGAAUAUCGCCGGCAGUUCUUCCUCAAGUUCCCCACAUCUUCCCCUCAUCGUCACCCUAGGCGCCACCAGACAUUUCACUUCGCUUGUCAAUUUUAAGACCCGGUCUAUGCGGGUCGUUGUACCUGUCUUUCAUCUGAUUCUCUUUCAGGAUGGCGCCCACCAACGCCAACGAAGGCCCAACCGCCCGGCAAUCUACCCGGCCCGUGGCGCCAUCGGCGUGCGAGGCAUGCAGGAAACUAAAGGUCGGUCUCAUCAAACCAACCCUGGAACACUUGAUCUAAUGAAAUAAUGAGUCAGAUGCGGUGCACUCGGAACAAUGCCGUCGACAACACACCGUGCGAUCGCUGCAUGCGCAACCAUCGGCUCUGCCGGAUUCCUCCAGCGCGGCCUCUGGGACGCAGACCCGGGGCGGUGGGCCGCUUUAAAGGCAUCGAGAAAGCAUACCGGAAAAUCCAGGCAGAACUCAGGAAGGGACCGGCCUCGAUGCCUAAGGCUGCCACGCCAAUCAGUAGCCAGUUAUCGAGCCCCAGCGUAUGCGAACCGGAUGAUGGACCCAUCUCGGCCAGUCCCUUGAAUCAUCCCUCCCAUCUUCCCUCGGAGGGGCUCCCGGAUGGCCCCUCCCAGCCCAUCAGCAAUCCCCUUGCUUUGCUAGCGGACGCAUCUGAAGCCGUGCAUGCGAAUGCCUCUCAAGCAUCAAAGGACAAUACCGACGAAGGAAGGGUGAGAGAUCUACUAUCCCGGCCAGGAUCUGUCUCGUUGGGCCUUCAGCUCAGUCGAGAGAGUCUAGAGACUGGUCUGAACAUCCUCUGUGCUUCCUCGUUCAGGCCUGGGCGAAGCUCAGACUACUUCAAACCGCCAGAUCCCAGCGCUUUUCGCGACAUUGGACCUGAUCUUGAUCCGGUAGAUCUAGGAUUGGUGACCAUGGAAGAAGCCCACUUUCUCUUCCCGAUUUACUUUGCUCGACUGCACCCUGUCAACGGCAUCUUGGAUCCCUUACUGCAUACCCCGGAAUAUGUCCGGUCGCGGUCCGCUCUCCUUUUCACCUGGAUCUUGGCUCUUACCGCGCAGUUCGCGAGCACUCAGUCUUCAUUGGCAAAGCGACUUCAGUUGCAUGGUGAGAAGCUUUCCCGACAUGUGCACACCUGUGGGUUGAAAUCGGUGGAGAUCGUCCAAGGGUAUUACAUUUCCUUACUUUCCGCAACCCCAGCGAAGACAUUAGCCGAGGAGAGGACUUGGCUCUACACCAUGUAUGCAUUUGGGACCGCUGCUGAACUCGGGUUGGAUCAACACUCGAAGCCGCGCGCAAGGGUCUUCGUAAUCUCCGGUGAAGAACUAGCCCAUGAUGCUGGGAGCACAUAUUGCCAGCGGCUUACCAGAAACCGGGAACGCACUUGGUUUCGGAUAUUACUCUGGGAGCGAGCAAACAGCGCUGCGCGUGGCCGCAUCAACCCUAUUCCUGACACGAAGCUCAUCGCGGGUAUUGAAACCUGGUGGAAACAUCCGGUAGCUGAUGCAGCCGACAAGCAUACGUGUGCUUUUAUCCUCCUGCGCUGCCAUCUGGCUUCAAUCCAUGCCGAAUUGCAGGCACGCGCUGCCGCUCCACCGGAUGAUCCGCACUGGAUGAAAAGACUCGUCGACGAGAGGCUAAAAAAGUGGUGCGACGAGUGGCUUCCCGUACCAUACAAUGCAGCCGAACCGUCCGAGCAACUUGCCUCAAUAUUCCUCUACUAUGUGUACCUGCACAAUCGACUCUGGAUUCUGUCGUUUGCUCUUCAAGCCUCGGAGAACCACACCGGCAAUAGACACAUCGAGGCCAUCCGACACGACUGUCUUCAAGGGGCGGUUCAUACCUGCGAGGUCGCAGUCCGCGACUUGCAGAUGGUCGGCGAGCCCCUGUAUUGCAUGCUCGCGCCCACGUGGGCGAUGAUCUCCUACGCUGCGGUCUUAGCACUGAAGCUCUUUCAUCAAAUACAUGGUACUCAACCGGCAGGGGAUAUAGAGCUACUCGCCCUUUUGUCGCAGGUGGCUUUACAGCUUGAGCGUGCCGGAACCACGCCGCCCCAUCGCUUUGGUAUCGCGGCCUUGCUGGGAGAACACCUUCUGGGCAUUCUGAGGACUAGGGCUGCAUUGACAAUAGGUGUUCAGCAGAGUGCGGUGGAAAAUCCCUUGCCGAGGUAUGAUUCAGGGCAUCCUGCUGCGGCACUAUCGGAAGGCUCGGGUAAUCUGGCUAUCCAUAAUGCGCAGGAACCAGUCUCCGACCCCUGGUUCACAGAGGCAUCAGCAGCGAUGAGCUACGACUUGACUGAGGAUAGUUUCGGUGAUUUGUUUCGGGAGAUUUUCGGUCCCGGCUUUGCGGAUUCCUUUUGAUCGCAUUUCCUGCCGAUGGGUGACAGCAUGCAGCCAGCUACUGCAUGAGAGAGUGCCAAUCUUGCCACAAUGAUGCUUCGAAUGAAGCUAUUGCAUGGUUGGCCGCAACUGAGUUUGAUUAGACAGGUUUCAAGUGCGUAUUUGGGAUUCAAACCCCAUUUAUUUACUAGCACCCCAGCCAACAGGUGUUAUAGGAAGCGCAGGUCGAAACCCGGGCGAUCG